AUGUUUGUUCCCUUGCCGGUGCCGUUCGUCUUUCAGAGAACAGCUUCCGACUUCAGCGCCUGGCGUCUCAAGUCCCCGCUGGCUCUACGCUCCAGCUCCGAUAUCAGGAUGUCAAAACCAGCAGAGGAUGAGACGCCUGGGACAGACUUUCCAGGGGAGAGCACAGACUCAGAGAGGAACAGUCCCGAUGCAAAUGAUCAGGUUCAGCCAAUGAAAACGAGUCCCUUCAGUCUUUCUCCUUCCUUGAGCAACACCAAGAGUAAAAGUGAGGCUGGCCCUGAGAUGACCUCCACCCAUGUGCCGCCUCCCUCCCAGCAGCAGACACCUCACCCUCACACACAACUCAUGUUGGCAGGGAGUCAGCUGGCAGGGCUGGCUGCCCUCUUGCCUGCGCAGCAGCAGCUGUUGCUUCAGCAGGCCCAGGCUCAACUCCUGGCCGCUGCCGUGCAGCAGUCCAACGCGGCUCACGCUGCUCAUGCCGCCCACGCAGCAGCCCAAGCCAAUCAGCAGCAGCAGCAACAACAGCAGCAGCAGCAGCAGCAGCUGACCAAACAAGAGCAUGCCCAGCCUCAGCUCACGCUCUCUCAGCCAAUCCAGCUCACCGCCCAGGAUAUCCAGCAACUGUUGCAGCUGCAGCAGUUAGUCCUGAUGCCCGGCCAUCACCUGCAGUCUCCUCAGUUCCUCCUGCCUCAGGCCCAGGGACAACAGGGGCAGCAGGGUAAGUGGGACCUACUAAGUUUGCUCUCGACACCAAAUUUAAUUUCGCUACCUCAGCAUCAGCAAAGCCAGGGGAGUCUUCUAACUACUCCACCCAGGCUGGGACUGCAAGCACAGCGUCGUCACGGUGACGGCCUCACGUCGUUACAGAGGGACAAGAGCGGGGACGGCGGCGUGACCUCCGGGGCCUCGGCCGCCCCCAUGACCUCGGUGACCUCUGGCCCACACGGCGAGGAGCCAAGUGACCUGGAGGAGCUGGAGCAGUUCGCCCGCACCUUCAAACAGAGACGCAUCAAACUGGGCUUCACACAGGGUGACGUUGGCAUGGCGAUGGGGAAACUGUAUGGAAAUGACUUCAGCCAGACCACCAUCUCCCGCUUCGAGGCCCUCAACCUGAGCUUUAAGAACAUGUGCAAGCUCAAGCCUCUGCUUGAGAAGUGGCUAAACGAUGCAGAGACCAUGGCGAUAGACAACAUGCUUCCCAGCCCCAGCUCUCUCUCCUCCCCCAUGAUGGGGUUUGAGGGCAUGACGGGGCGCCGCAGGAAGAAACGCACCAGCAUUGAGACCAACGUCCGUGUGGCCUUAGAGCGCAACUUCAUCUCGAACCAGAAGCCUAACUCAGAGGAGAUCCUCCUGAUGGGAAAGCAGCUCAACAUGGAGAAGGAGGUGAUUCGGGUCUGGUUCUGCAACCGGCGCCAGAAAGAGAAACGCAUCAACCCCUGCAGUGCCACCCCUCCCCUGCCCAGCCAGUCCUCCCUUGUGACGCACAAACCCCCCUGCUACAACCCACACAUGAUGUCUAGUCAGGGGCUGCACCAGGCUGCCACCAGCCUCAGCACAACCGUGACCAGCCCAUCGCCCUCGGCAACCUGCCCUCUGACUCCCAGUGGCUCUGCAACUAUGAGCUCCGCCCCCUCCUCUGUGACUCCGCCUCCACACAGCACAGCCAGCAACGCCCCUCCCACCCUCAGUGCCCACAGCCUGAAUGCUGGGAACACAAUGAUGGGAGUAAGCACAGGGAUGAACCAGGCUCUCAUCAGCAGCAAUCCCCUGGCCACAAUGCAAGCUCUGGCUGCCAGUGGUGGGCAGCUGCCCAUUUCCAGUCUUGAGGCCGGAGGUCAGAUGAUCCUGGGCGGGGCUGGGGUUCGCCCCUCCCUAUUCCUCAACCGCCACACCCUCCUGCCAAUGGCGUCCCACCAAGCCUGUGUGGGAUUGGUCGGCGGUCCCAGGGGCGACUCUCCGCCCCCCCGCGCCAGCGGCAUGGACGUCGACUCCUGCUCCGCCUCUCCCUGCUCCAGCCCUGCCUCCUUCUGCUCGUUCAGCGAAGCCUCACCGCCGCCGCUUGGCGGGGCCAUGGCCGAGUGA